AUGCUCUCGAGUAAGGAGGGCUUCGUCCGCCUUCCGAACGAACAUAUCAUAUACACCUCUCCGCCACGCACAGCACUGUCGCUCAAACCUCCUAGCGCAUGGCAAGGGAAGGAAAACUUCUCGAUAUCUAGCAGCUCCGGACGCCUAUAUCUCACGAAUCAAAGAAUCGUUUACCUUCCGACCGAACCGAACGAACGUAUUCAAUCGUUCACGGCUCCCCUCCUGAAUCUUCACGAUAGUCACGUCUCAGCACCUUGGUUUGGCCCGAAUGCAUGGACUGUCCUAGCACAGCCAGUGUCUGGAGGAGGUAUACCCGCGUCAUUACAGCUUGUGGAACUCAAGGUCACAUUCAAUGAAGGAGGAGCUUUCGAUUUCCACUCCAACUUUGAACGUAUCAAAGACCGUCUACAGCAAGCUGUUGAUCAUGCAAGAGACAGUGGAACUGCGUCUGUUCAAGCUACAGCCGGCCGUGGGGUAAAUUUCACCAACGUACAUCUCGAUGAACUUCCUGCUUAUGAUGGGCCAAACGUCUCGAGCGCUGAUCGGAAUCAGUCGGUCAAUGUUGCUGUCGAACCACCUAUCAGAGAGACUGCGAAUACAACCUCUCCAGCUCCAGUGGAGCCUCCACCAGGAUAUGAAGAAGUGCAGCAACAGAGUGUAGCGGAAGAGCUUGAAGAGCAGCUCCGAAGGGCACGCUAA